UUCUGCCAGCAUCCAGCUCGACCAUAUAUAUGGAUCGAUAUCCAAGAGAAGAGAAGUCAGAAGUGGUGGAGGCGGCAAUGCUUUUUCUGAACCGAACACAGAGGACCCCGCUGUUGGGGAUGGCAAAGCUCAAGCUCUCCGGGGCUGCCGUGGUGCUCGUCAUGGUGGUACCCCUCUUCAUGUACACGGGUGCUCUCCUCGUCGGCAUCCAGCUGGGCCGGGCGCUCGAGAGGAGGCCGGACGGCGUCAGCGUCAGCUUUAGCAUCCGAGGGGCCUUCGCCUACCUCGCAAAGGAGCUUUGGGAUACCAACAUGAAUAAUAUUUGGGGACCGGGACGACGGCAAGGCAGCAGCGUAGCGCAGGUGGUGUGGGAGCCCGUUCCGGUGAGCCGCGUUCGUCACGAAGAAAGCUCAGCAGCAGCUAAAAAUCAGCAGCAUCCCUACAUACCUCUGUCAUGGGAUAACUCUAGCAGUGCUAACCCCAAGCAGGCCCACACAAAUCGGACUACUUCGCCUCGUGGCGUGAUGAGCGUUGGCCCAUGGGGUGGAUCCGGCGGGCAGCCCUUCUACAUGCGCGGCCCCAGCGCUCCUCGCCUCCAUAGCAUCAUCUUGCAUCACUCCAUAAGUGGCAUCCACUCCUUGGCCUGCGAGUACUCCUACCCCUACUCCCUCGCCGGCGCCGGCACCGGAGACAACCGAAUCCGACUGGCGGGUCCAUGGGGCCGCCACCAAUCCGCAGAGUUACAUCGUGCCGCGAUCAAGCUGUCCGCAGGUGAGCAUGUCACUGCAGUGGAGGGGACGAUCGGGCGUUUUGGAGGCGUCUCCGAUGUUGUCAUCACCUCGCUGACCUUCCGCAGCAGCACCGGCAGGACGUAUGGGCCAUACGGCAACACUGCGGCGACGGGGACGCCUUUCUCCGUGCCGGCUGCGGACGGCGCCAGCAUCGUCGGCUUCUGGGGACGCUCCGGCUGGCUUCUCGAUGCCGUCGGGGUCUACGUCAAGCCAAGAUCCUCGAUUGUCAAACCCGGCCGGCCGGCUACAAGAUACCCGGAACAUUAAUACGCCAGGAAUAUAUAUAUUAUGACGGAAUAAACUAUAUAUAUUAUAUCCUGCUUGUGCUGAUGUGAUGAUGUUCCUUUGCACGAUGAAGCGCUAAACAGAAACAAAGCAAGUGUGGGAUCAGGCAA